UGAGUAGAGAAAUAUUUUCUUUCCUUUUAUUUUCAUGAAUGGUUCGUUUAACACAAUAUGGCACAAAAUUUGGUGUUCUUAACUUUUAUAUGUUUGAGUGUCACGCUUCAUGUAUCAGGACUCCUCUUCGGUUAUAAAAAGAGUAAAGCGGAGAGUUCUUUUUACACUUGCGCUGACUUAAAAACACGUGUACCGAGAGUGUAUUCUGGUGUUCGAUUCAUCAGUUUACCGUCAGGAUACUAUGAAGUGUACUGCGAGAUGAGCAUCAACGGAGGAGGCUAUACAUUCGUUUCUGAUACUUUACUCUCCACCAUGACGCAGGAAGAUUUGAACUUGUUGUUUCGCAAUCGAACGGACGUCUUGAUGAGAAUCUCAAAACCAGAUGGAUCACAGCCAUACACUGUUGUCCGUCAGCUCAACCAAAGAAAAGGAUUACGCAUGUACCUUAACAAUAAGUUCCUCAUACAAAAACCUGCUAAUAAUCACAUGGGACAGUUUCUAUAUCUGGACACAAUUUAUGGCAAAAGUUUUCAUAAAGGAGACAUCAACGGAAUAAUAUCAAAUUCUAAACCUGUUACCUACAAUACUUGCACUAAAGAAUAUCAAGGGCAUUUUGCAUUCUUCUUAAACCCGGACGAGCAAAAACCCCACCCAUCCCACUCUCAUUUGAGAAUAUAUGAGGAAGGUGGUGUGGCGGUAGACUGGAGAGGAACCGCUAGAAGACCAUACUCUGGGCGACGAAUGCCAACAAAUUACUUUUUCUUCACAGAGCUUCAUUUUGGGGCUUGUGGCACCUACACUUCCAGUGAUAGAUGGUUAAGUUCUCGAUAUCCUGCUUUGGGUACAGCUAUAGGCAUGCGUUAAAUAGGAGACACUUAAGAAUAGUUUUCCCGAAUAAAUAUGGAAUUGUCAGAAA